CGAUCCAUUAUUAACCAUUAUUAAGACAUCUCAAAUAUUUGCUUCUAAGAAACCAAAUUUCUAUGUAUCUUGCUCUUGCUCAAAAUAUGUUAAAGUAAACGCAACAAAAACUAAUUCUUUCGGGUUUCUUGGUCUUUUCGGAGAGACAAUGGGGAUGACAAUAUCACGAUUGGUAAGGAUGUUAUUUGCAAAGAAGGAAAUGAGGAUUUUGAUGGUAGGACUUGAUGCUGCAGGCAAAACCACCAUUCUUUACAAGCUUAAACUUGGAGAGAUCGUUACUACCAUUCCAACAAUCGGUUUUAACGUCGAGACCGUGGAGUACAAGGAUGUUAGCUUUACUGUAUGGGAUGUUGGAGGACAAGACAAGAUCCGGCCGUUGUGGAGACACUAUUUUCAAAACACACAAGGGCUUAUAUUCGUGGUUGAUAGCAAUGAUCGAGAUAGAAUCACAGAAGCUAGAGAUGAGCUUCACCGCAUACUGAAUGAGGAUGCGCUUCGUGAAGCCACAAUACUCGUGUUUGCCAAUAAACAAGAUCUUCCAAACGCUAUGAAGGUUUCUGAACUUACCGAAAAACUUGGCCUCCAUUCUUUACGCCAUCGCCGUUGGUAUAUACAGAGUACAUGUGCAACAUCUGGUGAAGGACUAUAUGAAGGCCUUGAUUGGCUCUCUAGCAAUAUAUCUGCCAAGGGGUAAGUAUGCCAAGGCAAAGGCAAGAAAGCUCAGAAGAUGAACUCCUCAGACCUGUUCCAUUAAGUCACAUACCUACUUCUUUUCUUCAUAAAAUGUAAUGUGAUUAAUAUACUUGCAUUAUCCUUGUAAUGUUGUAUUUUACGCAUCGGAUGGUGUACUUUAUGGGUUACGAAAUAUAGAUAAGUUCACAAAA